AUGAAAAUCUUGUCUCUAACUGCUGCAUUAGCACUAGUUGCUCCUACGCUUGCAACAACUUUCUUAUGGCCUAUUCCUCGUACACUCAAGACAGGAAAAACAGAUAUUUUACUUGAUAGUGAUUUUGAAAUAUAUGGUCCUGACUCAGAUUAUCUUCAAGAUGCUAUUGAUCGUUAUACGCAAAUCAUUACCUCAGAAAGAUGGAUUCCUGUGCAAGCGCCUUUUCCUAACAAUGGCACCCAUCACAAAACCACAUCUACAACUGCAUUGGAGUCCUUAGAAAUUAAGGUGGAUGAUCUGGAUCAGCCUCUUGAGUACGGUGUUGAUGAAUCUUACAAACUCCAUAUUCCUGUCAAUAAAGAAUCUGCUACUCUUGAAGCCAACACUAUUUGGGGUGCUAUUCGUGGCCUUGAAACUUUCUCUCAAUUGAUCCAAGCUCGACCUAAAAAAGAUGAAGAGGGCCGUGAUCUAAUUUAUGAUGACAACGAUGAAGACGAACAAGAAGAUAAUCAUAAUGAGGAUUUUGAUGGUCUUAUUAUUCCUGAUGCUCCUAUAAAGAUUGAAGAUGCUCCUUUAUUCCCUCACCGAGGUUUAAUGUUAGAUACUGCUAGAAACUACUUUCCUAUCUUUCAUUGGCAUUUAACUGAUUCUCAAAGUUUUCCAUUGAAACUCAAAAAUACUCCUGAACUUGCUGAAGAAGGUGCAUAUAGAUUACAUCAAAGAAGAUUGAUUUACUCUCCCAGAGAUGUAAAAAAGGUUGUUGCAUAUGCUUAUAAACGCGGCGUUCGUGUUAUUCCCGAAAUUGAUAUGCCUGCCCACACAGGUUCAUGGGCUCUCUCACACAAAGAGCUUAUUACAUGUCAUGGCAUUCAUUAUAUGGAUCCUUCUAAUGAAUGGGAGAAAAGAUAUGCCGCUGAACCCGGUACUGGUCAACUCAACCCUGUUAGAGAUGAAACUUAUGAACUCGUGAACAAAGUAAUUGAUGAGGUCGCCUCCAUGUUCCCCGAUAGUUGGUAUCACGGCGGCGGUGAUGAACCCGUCUACAACUGCUGGGAAAAAGACGCUUCUGUUCGCGAUUAUAUGCAAAAGAACAAUGUUACUGGACCCGAUCUUCUGAACACGUUCCUUCAGAGAGAAAUCGAUAUGAUCAACAAGCUUAACAAAACCACGGUCAUUUGGGAAGAUCCUGCCACAACCGAUAAGCUGCCUAUCUCCAAAGAUGUCGUAUUGCAAGUUUGGACACACCCUAUACGUACCGCUAUCAAGCAAGGUUAUAAGGUCAUUGCUUCAGAUGCCAAUUUUUGGUAUCUUGACUGUGGACAUAGCGGCUGGGAAACGAACGACGACAGUUAUGACGAACAAAUCAAGCCUGAGACUCCUGAAAAGGUCGUUGAAUUAUUUGAUGAGUUAGGGCUUGAUGCCGAUGGUCAAUUUGUGACUCAAAACUUUGGUGGUGGAGGAGGUGAUUGGUGCAGCCCUUUCAAGUCAUGGCAACGUAUCUAUAGUUAUGACUUGACCUUCAACCUUACUGAUUCGGAAGCCAAGAAUGUGUUGGGAGGUGAGGUUGCUUUAUGGGCUGAACAAACAGAUGAUGCCUCUUUGGAUAUGAGGCUCUGGCCUAGAGCUUCUGCUGCUGGGGAAGUCUUAUGGUCUGGUCGUUAUAGUGAUGAAGACAGGAAGUUGAAGCGUGAUUUAAGCGAUGCUGGCUUCAGAUUGUUUGAUUGGCGAUAUCGUAUGCUGAAGAGAGGCAUUAAAGCCGAAGCAUUACAACCUUUAUGGUGCGCUAGCAACCCUCAUCUUUGUGACAUGUCAUAUCCCGAAGUUUUCAAGACCAUGUAG